AGAUCAUAGUUAUCUACGUACUUGAAUUUGCUUGCAAUGGCAGACAAGACAGAAUCAGCCGUCUAUACACAUGGCCAUCAUGCCUCUGUUCUACGUUCUCAUUCGUGGAGAACAGCGCUCAAUUCGGCUGCAUAUAUACUUCCACAUCUCAAGCCGGACAUGGAAAUAUUAGACAUCGGCUGUGGACCAGGCACCAUCACCGUUGACUUAGCAAACUAUGUUCCUCAAGGCCAUAUCACAGGGCUUGAGAUGGCUGAAGGAGUGCUCCCACAGGCCCGAGCUCUAGCCGAGGAGAAAGGAGUCAAGAACAUUGACUUUGUCGUAGGAGAUGCCAACGCACUUUCCUAUCCAGACCAGACUUUUGAUCUUGUGCUUUGCCAUCAAGUCCUACAACAUGUCCAUGAUCCCAUUGGCAUUUUGAAAGAGAUGCAUCGCGUGGCCAAAGUGGGUGGCAUUGUGGCCGCACGCGAAUCCGAUUAUGGUGCAUUUAUUUGGUACCCUAGUAUGGAUGGGUUGGUGGAGUGGCAGAAUAUGUACGACAGAAUUGCGAGGAACAACGGUGGUGAGCCUAAUGCUGGUCGCAUGCUCCAUUCUUGGGCUCGACAGGCUGGUCUCACUGAUGUCAAAUGCAGCACAAGUACAUGGUGCUACAGCAUGAAGGAUGAAAUAGCUUGGUGGAGUGAUCUGUGGGCUGAAAGAACUCUUGCCUCUUCAUUCGCAACGACGGCUAUUGAUGCGAAGCUUGCCACCAAAGACGAUCUUGAGAAGGUGGCUAGAGUCUGGCGCAAAUGGGGUGAAGAGGAAGACGCUUGUAAUAUAAGCCCUAAUUCUAACCCGGAAACUCAGUGCGAAGAUCUUCGGAAAUUAGAGAUAUCUUUAACUAUACACGAAAAUUGCUGCCAUCGGUUCGGUAUAGUUAGGAUGAUUACUGGUAUUCAUCACAUAAAUCUACUUGUACCAGAAGGCACGCUGAAUGAUGCGACGGAAUUUUACGCAAACACUCUUGGUCUGACACCAGUACCUGUUCCACAUUUACAAGUCGGCAAGAUCGCUUGGUUCAAUAUUGGAGAAGCGGGAGGUCAACAAGUUCAUAUCGCGUUCGGACAGAAUGAGCCCUAUUCAUCACGACAUCCUUGCUUUAAACUAGGGUCGUUAGAAGACUUGCAGACUCUUCAGCGUAAAAUUUGGGAUCAUCAUUUGAGAGGUGGGAAAGCAGCUCCCAAGGCAGUUGAUCAGCCCGGGGAAGAGAAUUCAGGUGCAAAAGGAGUUGAGUACCCUACAAGGUUCUUUGCGAGGGAUUACGCGGGGAAUAGAUUGGAGUUCACACUUUAG